ACUACUAGAUCAGAAUGUCUGAGGCCUGAGCAUUUUGAUCUAGUUGGUUUUAGUUAGCAAUGAAUUUAUAUACUAGCCAAAUAUGGCUUAUCUAUAUAUGUAUUGAGAAAACAACAGGUUUAUUGUGCUAUAACGGUACAUUUAGUCAUGAAAGUUAUGGUGAAGACCCCUUUAUUAGAAAAACGUUAUUCCCUGCGAGCCGAGGAAAUGUAGGAAAAUUACGUUGCUCUUCGACAAUAUUUUGUAAAGAUAAUACUAUGUGCUUCGUGCGCUCUUGGACUGCACGUGCAAGGCAUGCGUGGAUUGUACAACGCGGCUGCUACGAGACCAGCAAAGAUGAUUUCUUUCCCAGAACCAUGACAAUUCCUACCAGAGCUAUGGCUUGUAAACAUGAAAGAUUACCAGAUGCUGAAUAUAAAGUUUGUUUUUGUCAAGCUGACUGGUGUAAUACUGGAACUACAACGUAUGGUUUUCAAAUUGCAUUAUCAAUUUCAAUAGUCAGCCUUCUGAUUUAUUAUACUAGCAUUAAGGAACAGCCAUGAAUGUUUUGUAAGUACUUUUUUGAGUAAAAAAUACGAUGGAAUAAUUAAUAGCGUUCAUACACGAUCUGGUAGUUAAUGUGAACUGCAAUAAAUGUUGACUUUAUCGGUUUAUAAGCAGCUUUCACUUUAUCUAAGUAGCCUGAGUCUAUUUCUACGAAAAGCAUGGUAAAAACUGUGUGUUAGUGGGCCGCGUCCGCUGCACCGCAUACAUCUUUUUUUUGUGGACACGUGUCAAUGUAAGCCCACAUAAUUAGAAAAAUAUAAAAAUUUCUUGAUUCCUUAGAGACCGACUGCUAAUUAGUGCCACAGUAUAUCUAAAGUAUUUCUUAAAAGAUAAAGUCAUCCAACGAUGAUUGGAAUGUUAAAUAAAAGGAAUUUUAUAAAUGA